UUUACAAUAAUGUCGUAUUUACAACCGCACGGACACAGAAGCAGUGUGAGCCAGCAUUCGAGGUCGAGCUGCCACUUCGCGAACUACAUCGAAGAAGUAACAGACGCGGAGCUGAUCAAGCAAGUGAACGAUUUGAAACAGCAUAUCAGGGUCCUCACGUUGGAAAAUGAAAUCAUAGAGAGGACCAUCAUGAAACUCGAACCGUCUCUGAUGCAUGGAAUCCAACAAGCACUGGACUACGCUUUGAAAAUCCACAGCAACUCCUCGCUGAACGUUGGAAGUUUCAUCAAAUCCCAAACUUCUAAAUUCGGAAUGGAAUCGCUGAUAAGUCCGUCCCGAAUGCUCGCCAGCCCGUCUAAGGUGUCGACGAGACGUGUCGACUCCUCGGCCAAGGUCAGCGGAACCGUCAUCUUCGGUUCCGGGCCGAGGAUCAACGUUUUGGAGCGUUCUGAACUAGUGUCAACCGAAAUGGAAACUUUGAUAAAUAAUCUCGAAAAAUCCAGAAAGAAAGCUCAAAAGCAACAAGCGUUACUGAGAGCCCAGCUGGAGGAAAUCGAUUUGAGGGAAACGGAAAUAAAAAAAGCGAGCGAAAUGUUUGAGAAGGAAGUGAUAGUCGAGGGCUGGGACAAAAUAGCUCAACGUAUUCCGGCGGAAGUCUGGAUCAGGUACAUGACCGAGUGGGCUAAGAUAACCGACAGUUACAUCGGCAAACUGAGACUCAGAACCAGCACGUUAAACACUCAAUAUUCAAAGUUUAAAGGUCAAAUAAAAGUCAAAUCAGAACUGAGCGAAAGUUUGAGGGCGGUCGACUUUGAUAAAUUGAAAAUCGAAAACAAGGAAUGUUUGGAAAUCAUCGACUACAAGCUCCAGCAACUCGGGGAGCUGAAGAAAAUGACCGGCGACGCCAAUUUAAACCUAACCAUACACAAGAAAGCGAUGAUCGAACAAAAUAAUUACCUGAUGAACAUAUUGAAAUUGAUCGAGGAGAAAAAGAAGCAAACCGUCGACUUGGAUAAGGAGCGAGCCGUCAUUCGAGGGCAAGCUGACGGGCUGGCCCAGAAACUCGACGGCGUGAGGAAAUUGAAAAUGGCGUACGAGGUACCGGACAUACUCGACUACGUCAGCGUGAAGUCCGAGGUGACGGAUCUGAAGCACAGCGUCAAGUUGCUGGAAAACAGAGUGCACAUCCAACAGAUUGCUUUGACCUCCUUGAACAGGAAGUUGAAAUCUAUUUUAACUGAAUAA